AAAUGUUGUUGUCAAUUUGAAUCACAAUCCGGCAAGGGGAUAUAAUGCUCUUAAAAAGAAGAUAGCAGAAAUACAGAAUACAUUCAGUGGAAUGACGUUAUUAUAUGCACUGGACGCUGUUUUGAGCAACAUUAUAGUGCCAUUUCAUCGUAUGUCAAGCAGACUUAGGCCACAUCGUGUUGUUCUUUGGUUUAACAAAUUAGAACACAUUUGAACGCAUUAUUGAUUAACGUCAUUUGCCGUAUUUGUUUUUUUGUGUGGAACUUUCUAUAGUUAUUAUAAUAUUAAUAAUAUUAAAAUAGAAAUAAUAGUUUAAAGUUCAAUACAAGCAUGCACAAUAUAUUCAUUUCAAAACCUCUAAGUGUUUCCUUCUUUACUGAUUGAACUGAGCUGAAAUGACAUUUUUCUGCUUACCGCCUUUUUCAAAGGAUUGAUUCCUGUAUGUUCUAUUGAAUUGUGUUUUCCUUGCCAGGUGAUAAGUCAACAAAAACAAUCAUUUUUGUUUUGAGUGACGGAAUGUUAACCAUUCCCACUGAAAAAAGAAGGCUCGAUUUUAGACGACGAGCGGCUCAAGAUUUUGCCGAGAUUUUUGCAGUGGAACUUGGCCAGACAAUUAAUCAAGACGUUCUUCACUCUCUUGCAAGCGAACCUAAACAGGAGUACGUGUUCAACAUAAACGGAUUUAAAGACGUAAAGGAUGGUGUUGUUGAUGUUGCUGAUAGAUUAAUUGAUAAUGGAAAAUGCGGGAAACAGCAUCGGAAGGAACUCUUGUCUGGACCUCCUAAAACUCUCAUCGAACCCACACGGCAAAGUUACAAUUACAAUUAUGUCCCACAUCGCAACGAAAUGCGGCAGGGAGAGCUGCCGUGGGUAGGAUGGAUUGGUGCGCGAGGAAAGUUAUGCGGAGGCGCGUUGCUAUGCGAACGGUUCUUCCUUACUGCAGCAAGAUGCGUGUCAGAGUUCAACGAAACAACAAAUGAGUUGGUCCCUUACCCACCUCAUGAGGUCACAGUGAAUUUGGGAGACCUUAACCUUUAUGAAAACGACAAACAUGAGCAAACGCUUAAUCCGGAAAGGAUAAUCCUCCACCCAUACUACACCGGGCUUUCGAACAUAAAUGGAAUCCGGCAUCACGAUGUAGCCGUCUUGGAUUUUGGGAAAAGCCACGUUAGAAAACCUGCGCUCAAUUCUUUUGUCAAACCGAUUUGCUUCCCAUACCACAAUCUUCAUAACGUCUCCGCCACACUCCUUUCGGACUUUAAACAGCUGAAACCAACAUUGGCGUUAGGAUUUACCGCAGGCUGGGGACUUAUGCCCGAACAUCACAGACAACUGCCAUGGGAUGUCCUCAGUCAAAGCAGACGCAGUGUUCAAUCAGACCGCGUAUGCGAACGUCUGUAUCCCGGCUUGGACACGGAUAGGUUUUUCUGCGUAGGAAAUUUUAUUCAAGAAAUAGAAACAUGCCGAGGGGAUGUUGGCGGAGUAUACAUGGCCGAACUGCCAUACCUGGGGCGAUACAGUGCAUUGGGGGUAAACAUCAGAUCAUUUGACUACGAGAGGGAUGGACACUUCAGCAUGUUUCUAAAUCUUCAUCAUCCUGAGAUUACCGGCUGGAUGGAAUCGGUUCUUGGCCGUUGUAACAGAAUGGGUACUGUGGAAGAAGAGGAAGCAGAGGCUGAGAAAGAACGAAUGCAGAAUGAGGAGGCAGAAAGACUGGCAACUGAUAAAGCAAGGAAAGAGAGGGAGAGACUGGCAGCUGAGAAAGUAAGGAAAGAGGAGAAGGAGAGACUGGCAGAUAAGAAAGAAAGGGGUUAGAAAGACAUGACAGCAGAAAAAACAGAGGUUGAUGCUGCGCAAUAAUAGUUUGGCAGAGGAUAUAUUAAAUUUUAUUGGUACAUUGAAUAAUGAUUUGAUAAAAAAAACAGCGAGUGGACUGGUGUCGACUAGAAAAUGACACACAUUGUUAAGCCAAUGCUCUGAAAAACGACAUAUUUUAAUGGGCAUGUCAUCACCAAAAUAAUAUAAACGAUAAGCGUGUUUAAAAGUGAGAUACAUUCAAACUCAUACAUAUACGUGUUUAUACCUCUAUAUGUAUACUGUACGAUUUUGUAAAUGAACCUAAUAGUUCAUGUCGCCCGAUUUUUCUUGUGCAUGCUUUUUCUAGUUAUAUAUCCUUCAGUUAUUAUGUACCCGACCAUUAUCAAUAAAAACCAUAUUUGAACAA